AGCACGAGUGCGAUGGGGUCAUCGACUGCGCGGACGGCUCCGACGAGAGGAAUUGCAACGCCCAUCCGUGUAUAGACGGCUAUCAGAAGUGUGCAAACGGCUACCAAUGUUACAAGGACGUGUUCGCAUGCGAUGGACAAAAGUUCUGUAACGAUGGAAGCGAUGAGGCCAACUGCGAAACCAAGAGGAGGGCCGCAUGGCAGUUCGAUCGUGGUCACAUGCUACAGCUACAGAAUGAGAAUGAGCCGUGGUCGCUCUGCCUAAAGGACGUGUCGCUACCUUGUUCUGACCAGAAGCGUUGUUAUCUCCAGGAGUUACGAUGCGACGGUCGCAUGGCGUGCGCCGACGGCAGCGACGAAUGGAAUUGCCAGAAUUUCACGUGUUCGCCGGAGAAGGUAAAGUGCGGCGAUAAUAUCGUGUGUAUUUGGUGGGAUUGGAUCUGUGACGGGGUGGAGCAGUGCCCGGACGCCAGCGACGAGGCACGCUGCAGUGAGUUUCAACAGUCCGCAAAGAAACGCAGCAGACGACUAUCACAGCAGGAAUUCCAUCACCUGCGUGAGCGUCUGCCAACCCGUCAACAUUCCGCAUAA